AUGGGAAUUCAGGAUGCUUGCACCCGUGAGGUGUCUGUUGAAUGUGUAAGUUUUUGGUCAGAGGCAUGGGGAAGGUGGGGCCUGCUCAACUGCCCAGCAUCUUCCGAGGAAGAGGAUCUGCUUGGAGCAGGUUGCCAGGCUGAAGUGCUCACUGUGGCGAAGCUGACACGUGAGAGCACGAAUGAGAUAGAAGCAGGGCAUGCUGCAGGCAAGAAAUGGGCGAGGCGCCGGAGCGAUCUCGGCAGAGCUCUGAAGUUGCAGGACCAGAGUGCCCAGCGCAUGAUGAGGAUGUUGCAGGGGAUGCCGGCUCUCCAUGCAGACCUCUGGUCCGAUCUGUCCAUGGCAGGCAACAAGGGUCCGACUGAGGACUCUUCCGGGAACGGAAAGAAACGCAAGGGCCCAGGACAAAACCCGGAAAAGACUACUGCCAAGAAACAAAGAAGCAUCUCUGCAUAUCAGGCUUAUGUGGCCAGCAAUGUCCGGGGCCGACUGGCAAACAGGGAGGAUGUGCAAAAGUACCGGCAGCUCUCCGAGUCUGAGAUGCAGAAGUAUGGGAACCUGGCCCAUGCCAUGACCCAAAGGCGUCGUGUCGCUGGAGGAAAACGCUCGAAGGUUCGCAGGGCAGAUCCCUUGGCUUGGCCUUUGAGGCUGAAGCGCAAGGCGGCCAGGCGGCUGCAAAGUCGCUUUGAUCCCAAGGAAGCACGCCGACAGCUCCAAAGAGAUCGGUCCGAUCCACUGUGGAUGAGGUGGCAGCAAAUCAGCUCGGAAAUGGACAGACAGCACAAUCAGGCCCAAGCAGGGGACAAGCAGGCCCGAGAGGACUUUCUGUCGCAUGUGGACUGCAAGGGUGAACUUUGGCCUCUAGAUCCUUUGAAGGACCACAUCUUCAGCUGGCGCAUCCAACGACCACCUGCCUGCUCUGAUCCUGUCCCUGACACAGGCUUCACUUCUGACUUUGUGCAACACACAUGGAUGAGCAAAGCUGCUCAAGAUGUUGCUUGUGCUCCGAGCAUCACCGGAGUUCUUGGACGGUCAAGGGAGUCGCGGCUGGCGGAGUGGGAGCGGCGGCACGUGGUUUUGCGGCCUAUGCCUGGGGUCAAACUAGCGAAAGAGUCUGAUAAUGCUCGAGCAGCCCGUGCCAUCAGACAAGCUGGGCUUGUGCUCUCCCCUGCAGCCCGCAACCUGGAAAAGGCAUUAGCCAACAUGCUGAUGACCUUUGCUGGUCAAGGCUUGAAGGAGCCGUCCAAGGUCAAAAGCAAGCAGCGAUUGCUGCUCGAUGAGAACCACGUAGUUGUCCGGUUGCAGAGGCCCGAGAUUGCCGGGUCCAUGGUCCGAUGCCUUUGGUAUCAGGUUUGCUACCUGACAUAUGAUCGGCCUGUGCGAGCCACCUUCCUGUCUCUGGAGGAGGACACGUACCUCCAGCCGACCACGAGGCAAGGUCUCAUCUUGGCCCCGAAGUGGAAACCGGGAUGUGGUCGGCAAACAUGGCUUUUCAGCCUUCCAGAGCUGGCUGCUUCCUUGGUGCCUAGCAGCAAUUGGACGGGGGAGUUCUUGUAUAUUAAAGGUUGCGGACUUGGGCCCGAAAAGGAGGAGGCUGACAACGACAGGCCAUUUUUCCUGGAUGUGCAACCCAUGGACACAGGUCCGUUUACUCUCGAUUCCGUCUGCACUUCGAAGGGGCCGAAUGGUCCAGACCAGGCAGGGUCCGAGAGUGAUGAUGAUGCUGUCCAGACAGAGGCACUCCAGACAAAGGCCCGAGUCAGCCAGGCUUUCAAAUCUGCUGCUUUGGACGUCCAUGGAAUGCUUCCACAGGAAGAGGUCGAAGACAUCAUCCAGAGAGCUGCAAAAGGCAAAACAAUACAGCUUGCGGAUGAUGUCAAGGUCCUCUUUACCUUCCGACAGCCAAGCAAGCAAAAUCCCUGUGGGGGUUUUCAGGUCCGAUGCUACUGCCACAGGCCCGACAAGAAGGUCAACAAGGCAGGGACCGAAUAUGCGCUGGCAUGUCGCCGCACUAUGUCCAUUCCAGGAAGUGGCCAAGCUGCAGAGACUCUGAAGCAUCUGUCCGAAUGGGCCCUGGCCGGACCGAAUUUCGAGAGUCGAGUGAAGCACCAGGCCAUGCCACUACCUGGAAGAAAGACCAAGGCAGCAAAGGGGACGAGUGCAGGGAAAAAGGCUUGCAGCAAAAAGAAGCGGUCCAGCUCCUCGAGCAGCUCCAGCAGUAGCAGCAGCAGUGACAGCAGCAGCAGCCAGAGCAAGAGCAAAAACCAGGGCCGAAUGGAUGAGCUGCGUCUGCCACGGGGUGUUGCCAACUUACCUGCAGGCAUCCUGGUGAAAGGAAGCUAUGAGCUGAGCGACGUUCCCGGUGAUGGGGAUUGCUUGUUCACUGCUUUGGGCAGAGAGCUGGAGUGCAAGGAAAAGCUCAUCCCGGGCAUGCGGCUGCCCAGUGGCCAGAGUGGUUCGAACAUGGGCCCGAGGUGGCGGUCGCAACUGGUGCAAUCUGUUCGUCGAUUGGCCAGCAGCAGGACACAGUUUGAGGGCCUUGGCAUAUCAGACUGGCUGCAGCACUCUGGGUGGCCCGACCUGGAAUCCUACAUCGAUGGGAUGACACUGGCCGCAGAAAAUCCAGAGGAUCCACGGCAGCACUGGGGUGGCUUUCUGGAGGCUACGAUCUUGUGUCAUGCAACAAGCCCAUUGGUAGGUUGUCUGUUGGCCAGGCAGGUUCGAGAGGGGGUCCGAUGCCAAGCUUGGUGUGGUGCUCCGUUCAAAGGCCCACCAAAUUAUGUGGCCAUCUGCUGGACAGGAAACCACUGGCAGAGACUUCGUCUUAGGAAACCAGCCGAAGAGAAGCUGCAGGAGUGGUUCCUCUCUGUGUAG